ACUCCGCAACCAAUAACUAACUAGUUUUAAAUAUUUUCCCAAUAUGUUAACGUAAAACCUGAAUGAUAAAUUACCUAACAAGAAACGAUGAUAAAGCAGACCGUAAAAUGUUUCCAAAAAAUGACCCACUCAAAAAAGUAACUCUAGAAAUCUAGAAAUACCAACCCAUUUCAUUUUUCAACCAAAAUUUUACGUAAAUUAUUCUACAAUCAGUGAAAAUGACAGAUCGAGUAGUGGUUUCUGUAAAGGAAGGAAAAGUUCGCGGUAUCAAAAGGACUUCCGAAUACUCAGGAGCGGUAUAUUAUUCGUUUUUUGGAGUACCAUAUGGGCAGCCACCUAUCGGUUCAUUGCGAUUCAAAGAUCCCGUGAAAGCGAAACCUUGGAAAGACAUUUACGAUGCUACAGUUGAAAAACCAGGCUGUGCACAGUUUUCACUUAAACUAUGCCGAUUUGCUGGAACAGAAGAUUGCUUAUUCAAUAACAUACACACCCCUGAAUUGCCAACAAAAUCCACCCAUUUGAGACCUGUAAUCGCUAUUAUUCAUCCUGGGGGAUACCUUCACGGUUCACCUAACGAAGAUGAAUUUGGAACUACCAACUAUUUUAUGCAUCGUGACAUUGUAUAUGUUGGUAUUGCUCAUCGAUUGCAUAUUUUAGGUUUCCUGAAUUUAGGAAUAAAAGAAUGUUCUGGAAAUCAAAGUAUUAAAGAUAUAAUACUGUCGCUGAAAUGGAUGAAAGAAAAUAUUAGCUCUUUUGGAGGAGAUCCACACAACAUUACUUUAAUGGGAAGUAGCAGUGGUGCGACAACCAUUCAUGUUCUGAUGUUAUCAGAAGUAGCAAAAGGACUUUUUCACAAGGUUGGCAUCAUGGCAGGAAAUAUAUUCGAUCCAACUGCACCCUUUCAAAGUACAAAUGAAGAUGUCGCUUUCAAGCUAGCAUGCUCUGUAGGCUACCAAGGAAAUCCGGAAGAUAAGAAAAAAUUAUUAUCAUUCUACAAGAAAAUGAAUCCAGUGCAAUUAAUUACUGUACAAAGACGGUUUCUGGUAAACGAAUUUCGCCAGGAUGUUGGCCAAAUACUUCCAAGCGGAAUGUUUCUACCAACCGUCGACCAAGGAGAAAACGCAGUACUGCCUGAAUUUCCGAGAAACUUGAUCCCUUCCACGCACCGAAUUCCAAUUCUGAUAGGGUACGGUGAGAGGGAAGCUGCGCUAGGGUUUGCUAAGGGACCUGUCAUAGAAAGCACAAAAAAAAAUUUCAAAACGACAAUUCGUCAAAACGCUUGGGGUUGGGGACGUGAUUUGACUGAUGAUGACUUAGAAAAGAUACACAAAAAAAUCGAAUCUUUUUAUUUUGAUGGAAAAACGAUCAAACAAGCGUCAUUAUUAAAAAUGAUUGAUGUUCAAACUGGUGCCAUGAUAUCGGACGUUUACGAUACUUUGAUUAACGUGGUUAGCCCCGAGGCGCCUGUUUAUGCUUAUAAAUUUCAAUUCGAAGGCGAAAUCUUGACCAUAAAAAACGGUUUAAUGAAUUUAUUCGACGAACGAUUACCAGGUACUUUUCAUGGCGACGAUGGCUGCUACUGGAAUUGUUUGAGCGAACCCUCGAGUGGUAGAACCAAAGAAAUGGUAGAUACGUUCACUAAAAUUUUAACAACGUUCGCCAGAAAUGGCGAUCCUAAUUUUGAAGAAUUGCCGGUUCAUUGGAGGCCUACAAAACCGGAUUCGCAUUGUUAUUUGAACAUAAAUAAUAAAAUAGAAAUGAUCGACAGUCGUUUGCAUGAAGAAAAAUUGGAGUUUUGGGAUAAAAUCAAGAAGGAAUUCGGAAAAUAAGACGAUUCAGGAGCUUCUGAAAACCGAUAGUCACAGCGAUGUCGAAUUAGUUCAUAAAAAUCUCUUCGUCCGGCGAAACUAUUCAAAAUGGGAAUUAUUUUCCAUGUCAUCGUGAAUAAAUUCUUCAAGUUUCAAAUCAUUAAGAAAUCACCGUUUCCUCGAUUGAAAACCUACUACAUUUUUCGUUGGGAGAACCCCACGCAAUUGCACCAUCACCGAAACUUAAAAUGGGGCCAGAGUAAGUUCAAGCUUGCCCCACACUCCUCUUCAAAAAAAAAUCUGGCUGUAAUUCGUACCUAGUUUGUGAAUUCGUAAUUUUAUUUUGAUCAAUUGAGAUUCAUUAAAAAAAAAUAUGAUAAAAAUUAAUCUUUUUUUGAAAAAAUAAGUAAGUACCUAAAUGAAUUUUUGAACAGAAUAAUGUACAUACAAUUUGUUCAACGCAAUUCUAAAUUGCAACCAUACGGGUAAGAGCGAGGUAAAUAUUUACAUAUAGGUUUAAUAUAGGUAGGUAUAUUUUUCCUUGUACAUAGGUAAACACAUAUCUUAUCAAACCACGGUCUACUUUUUAAAAAAUAAUUUAGCUCAUGAAAGCCAUUUUCGGCUGAAAACAAGUUGAAGUAGGUAUUGAUUCAAAAUAUGUACAAUCAAUAUUUGAAAACGAUUAGUAAUAAAUCACCUUGAAAUUUAGCACAGGAGGGUCGUAAAAUCGUAAAAACCAAAAAAAUGAAAAAUAUAGAUUUUUUUGUUGAAAUGAUGACUAAGGACGAGUAGAUAUCAUUAGGUACCUACUAAAAUAAACAAUAAAAAGUGUUCAAAAAAAUUUCCAAUGAGCAAUGUUUACAUGAUUGUCUGACAAUAGUUCAUACAUAAAGAGCAACAAAUUUUCAUCAUGAAACAGAAACAGAACGAUGAAACAAGAAGUAAGGCCUUAUUGAAAAUUCUAAAACUUGAAAUAUAAGUGAAUCGGUCAGUACGGAAAGGGGAUAAGUCCAUUUUUGCGUUUUUCAGGAAUAACAAAAAACUGAUUCAUUCAAAAAUCAAAAAAUUUUAGUAAACAUGCUUAAGGUCAUUGAAAGAUGACCCCAAGACACAACUUUUAGCGCAGUUUCCAAAAAAAAAUAUUCACGUGCGCCGGUGCUGUUGCUGCCUAAACAAAUGGGACUUAGACCCUUUCUGCACUCAAUCGACAAAAUUUCUUUUGAAAUUUCUCGGGCACGAAUGGGGCUUGAUUCUACAUCUAAGUACAUCAUUUAGACUGCUAUCUCGUUUAAAUUGACCAAAAACCCCUUGAGUUCUAAGACUUUUUGCCGAAGUUGUUAAUUUUUUCAUCAUUUUUCAGUUCAGAGAUUAA